GUAUAUGAGUAUGUAAUGUGCAUACAUGUGUGGAUUGUAAAAGGCAAAUUGACAAAUACUCCCCUUAAGUCUGCUGAUGUAAGACCACGAUCGUUCAGUUAUGAUAUAGGUCACUAUAUAGCUAAGCGCCUGCCAGUGGAUAUAUACGAUUUUGUAUAUUCCGUCAAUAGGCUGGCGAAAAUUACACCUGUAUGUAUGGAUAAUUCAGAGGCCAAUAUGGAAGAGUCGAACCACAAUUACGAAGUUAACCAAAGACUACAAAAGCCGGAGGGUUGGCCCAACGUUAACGAGUUUCAUCCCUCAAUGAUGUUUCCGGAGGAUCCCAGGCGGUACUUCCACAAUACCCCCACAGAGCCACAGCCACAGCUACAGCCGCCCAUUCCCAUACCCGUACCCAUACCGAUACCCAUCGAUGGAGCCGCGGAAAUACCCCCUAAAAUGCCAGAAUACUGCCCUGAGAUUAGCCAGCCCAUGGAGCCCGAUCGGGUCAUAAAUCCCCUGGCCGAGGUGGCCAAGAACACAGUACCUUACGGCCACAAGCGAAAAAAUUCGUCGGCGGAGGAACAGGCGGCGAACAAGAAGAUUAGUUUGGCGGCCGCCGAGGAAAAGAAAAACAGUCAUCUAAGAAAGAACAUCCGCGAUGUGAUGAACGAGAACAAUCUGGACACAACCACGCUGGCGGCCCAGCGGGAGGAAUCGGAACGCUUGGCUCGCGUUGCUGGUCAACAGAAGUCAAUGCGCGAGAUCCAGAAGCAGGUGGUGCACAAACAGUUCUUCCGCAUUCUUCAACUGGACGAGAGCGAGGGCAUCGAAAGCUGUUCGGUGGCCACUCCCGUCGAGCACCACCCGCCCGUUGACUUCCCGGAGGAGGAAAUCGCCUCGGACACGUUCGACGAGUCAAACAGCAGCAGUCUGAGCGGCGGCAGCAUCGACGAAGUGCUUCACAAGGAGGCCAGCGUACAGCAGCCCAGCGAGGUGGUCACAAUCGACGACAGCUCCGACGAUGACUGCAUCCUCCUCUCCGAAGAAGAGGAGGAGGAGGACGACGAGGACCUGAACGAGUCGGACGACGCCACCAACAGCGGGAUGCACGUCAAAGAUCUGUACAACGUUCCCGACGAGAAUGGACAGGUGGUGGUCAACAUGGCGCAUCCGGAGGGCGAGGAGACCCUGUACCUGGCCCCGCAGAUAGCCAAGGUGAUAAAGCCGCACCAGAUCGGCGGCGUCCGCUUCCUGUACGACAACAUCAUUGAAUCCACACGGAGGUACAACAAAUCGAGCGGUUUCGGCUGCAUUCUGGCCCACUCCAUGGGUCUGGGCAAGACACUGCAGGUUGUUUCCUUCUGUGAUAUAUUCCUGAGGCACACCUCGGCAAAGACGGUGUUGUGUGUGAUGCCCAUCAACACACUGCAGAAUUGGCUGAGCGAGUUCAACAUGUGGAUCCCGCGCUACUCGGCGGACAGCAAUGUGCGGGCCCGAAACUUCGACAUCUACGUGCUGAACGACCAGCAGAAGACGCUAACGGCCCGGGCGAAGGUGAUCCUCAAUUGGGUGCACGAUGGAGGCGUGCUUCUGAUAGGCUACGAGCUGUUUCGUCUGCUGGCACUCAAGCUGGUGAAGACGCGCAAGCGAAAGGGCAGCGUCAUUCGACCCGAUGGUAUGGACUCCAGUAGCGAUCUCAUGAACCUGGUGUACGAGGCCUUGGUGAAGCCAGGUCCCGACUUGGUGAUCUGCGACGAGGGGCACCGCAUCAAGAACUCACACGCCGGAAUUUCGUUGGCCCUGAAGCAGAUCAGGACGCGGCGUCGCAUCGUGCUGACCGGCUAUCCCUUGCAGAACAACCUGCUCGAGUACUGGUGCAUGGUGGACUUCGUGCGACCGAACUACCUGGGCACCCGCACGGAAUUCUGCAACAUGUUUGAGCGGCCCAUCCAGAAUGGCCAGUGCGUGGACUCCACGCCGGAUGACAUCAGGCUCAUGCGGUACAGAGCGCACGUGCUGCACUCCCUGCUGUUGGGAUUCGUCCAGCGGCGAUCACACACGGUGCUGCAACUCACGCUGCCGCAGAAGUACGAGUAUGUCAUCCUGGCCAAAAUGACCGUCUUUCAGCGCAAGCUCUAUGACACCUUUAUGACCGAUGUGGUGCGCACGAAGGCGUUUCCCAAUCCGCUUAAAGCUUUUGCAGUUUGCUGCAAAAUCUGGAACCAUCCUGAUGUUCUGUAUAAUUUUCUAAAAAAAUGUGAGACUGAUUUAGAUUUAGAAAUCGACGAGGAGGUACCCAAGGGCGUUCCCACCCCAACAGUCGAGCCCAGUCCAGAUCCUGUCCUGAGUGUGGCAUCGCCUCUCGAGAGAAAAAGCAAUGGAACCGGACCCGCGGAACCGGUCAGCAGUAUCGAUACAUUGCCCAAAGCCGAAAAUCAAACUUUAUUUAAUAUACCCACAUCAUCGGAUUUGAAUGCUAAAUAUUUAAAUAAAAGCCCUACUUUCUACGACGAAAAACCGGAGCCUCUUAACUACGGAACAUUCGGUAGUGAGGGUAAAAACAACUACUGGAUGGAUUCCAGUAUUCUUCCCAAACCGGGCUGUGUUGAAGUCAUUAAACAAACGGAUACGAGCAUGUCAAGCAACUUUGAAAGUAUUACGGGGUCCUCGGAAAUCGUGGAUCUGGACACAAAUGAAAUAAAAACCGUCGAAACGACAAUACAAACGCCGUGUUCAAACAAUCAAGUAGACAAUGAGUGCAAUUCGAGCAAACCGAGUGAAUGGAAUGCCACGGGCAUUAAAAACGUUACUGGAGUUCCUGCCGAGCCGUUUAAAAAGUUGCUGAAGAGUAAGCGAAACGAUGAAUUUUCGUGUUCGUGGGCUGUUGACAUAAUGAAGAACUAUGUGUCGGGUCUUAUAUCGAAUUCGCCGAAAAUGGAGAUUUUCUUUUGCAUCUUGAAGGAGAGCCUGCAUUUAGGAGAUCGUAUUCUGUUGUUUAGCCAAAGUCUUUUAACCUUAAACUUACUCGAAGUUUAUCUAAAAUCUAGUUAUGUCCCUGGUAGCAAUCAACUUUGGACUAAAAAUAGCUCGUAUUUUCGUUUGGACGGUUCUACUUCCUCGCAGGAAAGGGAAAGGCUAGUCAAUGAAUUCAAUGCAAAUAGUAAUGUUAAGCUUUUUUUAAUAUCAACAAGAGCCGGCUCAUUGGGAAUUAACCUCACCGGAGCGAACCGCGUUAUUAUAUUCGAUGCCAGUUGGAACCCCUGUCACGAUACACAAGCUGUAUAUAGGAUUUAUAGAUAUGGUCAGGUAAAGCCGUGCUUUGUAUACAGAAUUGUUAUGGAUAGGUGUUUAGAGAAAAAGAUAUACGAUCGGCAAAUCAAAAAGCAAGGAAUGUCCGACAGAAUCGUCGAUGAAUGCAAUCCCGAGGCGCAUCUUUCGAUGAAGGAUAUCACCAACCUCUGUCACGACUAUGACUCCGAUGAGGAAACUACCGAGGAGGCGAAUAAAACGGCAGACGAUUUGAGCAAACCAAGCACACCAUCCGAGGAGGGCUGUAAGCUAGCCAGUGAUCAAAUUAAGAAGGAAGUCGAUUUAAAUAUGUCGCCAGAUGAGUCAAAUAAAUCAAACGAUGAGGAUAAGAAGCCACUAGACGAUCAAACUGACUCCAAAUCACUAAACGGCGCCACUCACUCGCCAAUUAAGAAGGAAAAGGACGAUCGCCGGGAACCUAUAAUUCAUGCCGACUCAAUAAUAAAUACUAUUCUUGAAUUACACAGACAUUGUGUUACAAAGGAACCAUUCUUGCACGAAAGUUUGUUGGUCGAUCAAAAGGACAGAAAGCUUUCGCAAGCGGAAAAAAGGCAAGCUCAUCGCAGCUACGAGAUGGAAAAGAAAGCUGCCGUCAAUCAGAGAUGUAAUUAUGCACCUGCGAAAAUGCAUUACAAGAUCGUGAAUAACGAUGGAACUGUUAUCACUAAACCAAUGAACCAGCACGUAAAACCGAACACUCCGUCAACUGGAGGGCGAUCAACUCGUUGGAUUCCUGCUGACGUGUGGCAGCGGCAGGGGAUGACUGCCCAAGAAAUGACCUUACCACUUGAUGUUGUCAUUCCCACAAAUUCAGCCGACAAGGCCAACAUAAUCCUAAAGGCUGGUCAACGAGUUAUGGUUCUCAAGUCGACAAAAGGAAUAUACAUGCAGUUGGAUAGCGGGAAGAUCAUAGCUAUAAGGACUACGGCAAAAACUGAACCAGAAAAGACAAAUAAGGAUGAUGUAAUUGACAUAACUUCCGAUUGUGACACCGAUACCGCAAAGCCCCAAACUCCAGAAGAAGAUGUGAAAGAUCUGACUGCUGAUGACGAACCACAUGUAGUUAAAAACAAGGAGAGCACCCCAGCAAGCACUACCCGGCCGGAAAUGUCUACGAAGGAGAGAAAUUCCACGGAGAACAUGCAACACUUUAAGCCCCAAACGCAACCAAAUAAUACUUUAGCCACCCCAUCAAAUCCGCAUCAGAUGCCUUGUGACUUAAACUACCCACAGCAAUCUCAGCCACAGCCGCAGCAGCAGCAGCAGUCGCAUCAACAACAGCCGCAGCAACAACAGCCACCACAGCAGCAACAGCCGCAGCAGCCACCUCCGCCGCAGGCGUACAAACAUCAAAAUCACCUGCCAGCUGCCGGAGAGGGUUACAACAAUGCCAAUAGUAUUCAACCCAAUGCGCCGCAACCACCGCAUCCAGGAGCUCCGAACAGCGAGGCGGCGCCGCCGGCGGAUAGCUCGUACUUCCAGCCCAAACCCUUCCAGCACACAUAUCCGCCGCAGUACUACGAUUACUAUGACAAUAAGCACAAGGCCGCACCUCCCGCUUCCAGCUACCACAUCAAUAAUUACACCUCUUACGGCAAUCUGAACUUCGCACCGUACCAUUCCAACCUCCAUCCGCCAGCGUCUUACAUCGGUGCUCCGUCGUCUUACGUGAACUCGAAUGCGUUCCCCCGGCAGCAUUGGAGUUCGGUUGUUAAUUCACCAGCGUCAAGCGAGUCUAUUCGACAGCCAUCGUACAUUGGUAGUACUUACCCCAUCAACGAAUGGUCGUCGCAAUAGCGAGUGUAAAUAGACUAUGGUCCAAUAUCUCCGAGUCCAGUUCAGGGCGAAGCCACUCUAGCGAGCUCAAAUAUACUCAGACUAUCUGUAAAUGAUAAUUUUAUAGUUUCGAUUCGCGUUGCUUUACUGUAUAGAAGAUUAUUCGGAAAUUAUGUUUCAUGAUUGUUUCUUUUUACAUUUUUUAAUGUACUCAAAGAGCGUAAAGUAAACUGUUUAAACAAAUAAUUAUCUUUAUAUUAGACAAUUAAUACGAUCAUAUAAGUGAUCAAUAAACCGCACACAAUGCUUCCUAUACUUAUUAAAUUUCAAUUUACCCAUGAUAAUGUUGUUGUGGUUUGCAAAUCAAAAUAUUUUGCAUGCAGUAAUUAUAUACUUUGUCGUUCAGGUGUUUCCUUGACUGGACCAACAGAGCUCGGCCUUUAUUCCUUACCUCUAUUUUCCUCUAAUUUAUUUAUUAUCUUAUCAUAGUAAAUUCUUUUUAAACGCAUAAUUACGAUAAGUUAUUAGUUUUUAUUCUGAAAAAUACAAAAGAAAUCUAAAUAAAUAUUCAUAGCUCGUAACAUACUGUUUAAGCAAUCGUUCUACCCAAUUGUAUUUAAUUUAGAUGCCCAUGAAUAGAAAAACUCAUACGGAAUAACAUUCGAAAA